AUAUAAGACGGAUCAUUCUCUCGACUCCAAUCCCCGAGUUUCCUCUGUCCCUUCCGUUGCGAAUCGUCUCUUCGGUUUCUAGGGUUUCGAGCGCGAGAUUUGGGCGAUGGAUGCCAUCGAUUCCGCCAUCGAUCCCUUGAGAGAGUUCGCCAAGGACAGCGUCCGCCUCGUGAAGCGAUGCCACAAGCCCGACCGCAAAGAGUUCACGAAGGUGGCGUUCCGCACCGCGAUCGGCUUCGUGGUGAUGGGAUUUGUGGGGUUCUUCGUCAAGCUGAUCUUCAUUCCGAUCAACAACAUCAUCGUCGGUUCUAAUUAGGCCAUCAAGAAAGUGGAUUCAUGGGAAUAUGAGGCGGUUUGCCCAGAGCAUUAUUAGUUUGAUUGGACUGGACAUCAGUGUUGUUUGAGCUUAGGAGGCCCUUUGUUUUUCCCCAUUAUCUUUGUAGUUUAUACUCAAUACUGCAUAUUUUUGAGUGUUUUAAGUUCGUUUUCAUCAUAACCAACGAAUUUUCGUAGUUUUGACAUUGCAUCCUCAAUUUCUUUAUAGAACUAGUCGAUGGAAAUUUAAGUUUGAAAGGGAGGACGGAUCCUACUUAGCCUA